UAAGUGUCUUUAAUUUUUUCAGCGCUCUCCGGUUUCUAAAACUUUUGCUAAUAACUACGUACAUAUACGAUAAGUAUUCUUCAUAUUCUUCGCAAAAGUUAACUAAAAUAAAGUUAGUUACAAAACAAUUAAUAGAAUUCAUAUUUUGAUUCAGUCUUUCCAUUACAACAUGUUUUUUUUUCAUUUUUUAUUUGAGUGCGAAGUAUGUAAUGUAUGAGUUAUUGAAACAGCAGCACUAGUUCAAAUACCCUUAAAACUGAAAUUCAUUAAGGGUAUAUUCUUAUUCAACUCACAAAUUGUGUUCAUAAUAAAUUGGAAACAUUAGCGAGCCAAAAAUUGGUAUAUAAAUUUUAAUAGGCGGUCUAUAGCCAAAUUAAACAUGGAGGACGAAAUGAUUCUCAAACAGCCUGCAGAUCGUCGGUUAGUUGGUGACACGAAAGGUUUGCCACCUGGACCACCUGGAGCCGAGAACGAUGAAGAUUAUGAUGAAACAAAGAAAAAAGAAAAAAGCGAUGUUAAGGAGUCAUCGAAAUCACGACGCCGUUCGCCUUCUGGAAGUCCACCGUCCUCUAAACGAAAAUCACCAUCCAGGGGGUCGCCGCGUUCACCUCGCGGGCGAAGGACACCAUCUCCUCGUCGUCGUUUUGGUCGUAGCCGCAACGAUUACAGUCCAGAACGUAGAAGAUUUAUCGAACGUGGACGUAUGCGUCGCUCUCCUCUGCGGAAUCGAUCCAGAGAUCGCAUGGAUCAUCGUCGUAAUGGACGUGACCGAUUUAGAGGAAGACGUGACAGUCGCAGUCGUAGUCGUAGUAACAGUCCAAUAACUAGGCGUCGAUGGUCACCUAAAAAAAAGCCAAGCUCACCACCAAUUCCCCCAUCUGGAACUCAAUAUAAUGUUGCCGGUCCCGGGAUGUAUACCGAUGCUUACGCUGCAUAUAGUCAGUAUGGCCCACCACAACAACCCUAUGGUCCAGGUGAUUUUGUAAGUGCACCACCGCAAACAACUUUCGCAACCGGGUAUCCACCGCCACCUGCAUGGGGUGUUCCACCAGAAAGUUAUCAACAACAAAACUGGGUGCCACAACCUGAACCUAUGCAAUCAAUAAUGCAACAACAGCCGUCUGGCGUGGUAGUGCAACAAUCAGCUCCAGUUCAACCGCCUGGUACCCAACCACAACCACAACCACCGACUAUUGGAGUGGUCGAUAAAAAGAAGGAAGUUAAUGCAACACAUGACGCUGUUGCACAAGAAGCUGAAAAUCAACGUGAUGAAUUAAAGAAGCAGCGUUCAAGCUAUUUGAAAAAAACUACAGCCCUAAAAAAGGAGUUAAAAGUUCUUAAAGACCAGCGGAAAGAUUUGAUUGGAGGAACUGGAUCCCAUAGUCCAACUACAAAAGGUUUCCUGGAUGAAAACGAACGGUUGCAGAGUCAAAUCCAGAAGAAAUUAAGCACAAUUGAAAAUGUAAUUGAUAUGUUGACUGGAAUAAUCGGAGAAGAGAAUCUUUCUAAGGAAGAUGCACUUGAAUCGCCAAAAAAACACUCAAAGAAAAAACGGUCUUCAUCUUCGUCAUCAUCAGAUGAUAGCUCUAAUUCUUCUAAUUCGUCGUCAUCAUCUUCCUCUUCAUCCAGCUCGGAAUCUGAGGACAAUAGUUCACCGGAACGUUUGAAGAGCAAGGCUAUCGAGAGUAUGAAACACAAAAGAGAUGGAAAAACUGUUCCAAAAGAUAAGAAAGUAAAAGAGGAACCUAAGAAGUUGGAUGAAAAAAAAAUCAACUACGUGUUCUACGAUCCUGAAAUGCACUGGUGUAAAAUUUGUGAUUCAUUUCCAAAAACAGCGAAAGAUUACCUGACACAUUUACAUUCGAAAGAUCAUGCGGAUAAGGUAGAAACCAUGGAAACGCCAUGGCAUAACACUAUGACUACCGACGAAUAUCCAUCAUUUGAAGGAGCUCCAAUAAAGCGUACACCAAUUCGUGGGUUAACUUUUUUUGUACCGGCAACUUCCUGGUAUUGCAAAAUUUGCUCAAUUUGGAUGGGUGACCUACAUUGUGCUUCUCUUCAUCUCAAAUCAAAAACUCACUCAAAUAAAUACAACGCUUUUUUGGACAAAAAUCCCCACUAUGAAGUUGAUUGGCUGGCCGAAAGACAAAGACAACUACUUGAAAAGAAAAGUGCAUUGCCACCCACUCCGCUUAUAACCACAACUAAUGUAGAAGCUAAAGAAGUAAAAACUAAAUCCAAACACGGAGAAGAUAAAGAGAAAAGCUCAAAAAAACGGAAGAAGAAGAACUCUGAAAAAAAAGACAAGAAAAAAAAGAAACGCUCAAAAAAACGAAAGAAGGCCGUAUCAUCCUCUUCAAGUAAUGAUUCUUCAUCCGAAACAGAAGUUAAAAAUGCUAAAAAGAAACAACUCGAAUCGCAGCCUAGCUUAGGAACUGCAGCGCCAUCUAUUCGAGUACAGAUGCGAAACCUUCAAAAAGAAAAAGAUGAAUUAGAAAUUCAAGGACUUGCACCACCACCGCCUCCUAAAAUAAGUGAGCCUAUUCAAGCAGUUAUAACCGAGACGGAAAAAAGUAAAAAAGAUGACUUAAUAUCGCAAUGGAAUAUUGUCCAAUCUGUUAUUAGUGAUAGUGAGAAAAAACUUCUUGAGCAGUUAAAAGGCAAAUUAAAAAAUAAACCUCCAGAAAUUGAAAAGAAGAAAGAGGAAGUUGUCCAACUGCCGGUUGUGCAAAUUAUAAAAGCAAAUGAAAAGAAAAGUUCCAACGAACAUAGAGAACGUAUACGUAGUCCCAAUAAACGGGAGGACGAUAGGAACAAUAAGGGAAAAGACAACGAAGUGGUCAGCGGACAUCGCCGUCGCAGUAGAAGCCGUCCUUCGAGGCGAAGCCGUAGUGCUAGUGCAGGUCGUGGAAGACGAAUUAGAAGAAGUCAUAGUCGUGGAGGUGGCCUUCGCCGAAGUAGGAGUCGAGGACGAAGAAGUUCCAGUCGUAGCAGAUUUUCUCCAAGAGGAUACGGAAGAAGACGUAGAAGUCGUUCGCAGGCAAGAAAGAGGAGUCGAUCUCAUGGCCGAGCUCGCCGCCGCAUAUCAUCAUCACGUUCAAGAUCGCGUUCAGGUAGCAGUCAUCGCAUAGAAAAAGCAAUUGUCCGCCAACCUGAGUUCCGGCCACGUGUACCCAUAGCUGAUGUAAAUAAUGUAAAGAAAGGCAAAUCAAAAAUAGGUGAAGAGAAAGAAGAUCGCAAAAAAUCAUCAUCAAAAUCUGCAGCGCCUAGUAAAAAACUUCCAUUUAUUGGUCGUAUGCCAGUUUUCAAAAAACAGUCACAAAACUCUGAAAACACCGAAUAUUCGGAAAAUGAAAAGAAAGAAGAAGAUGAAAGUGUUCAACCAAUUGAGUUUAGUUCUACAGUGGGACAAGUGCCUAUGAUGCAAGACUCCUACGCUCAUGCUGGGUUCGAGCCUUCUCUUAUGAGUGAGUAUGAAGAUUUAAUGCCAGACCCAGUUCAGUUUGUAAGUUUAAUGGGGGCUCCACCUCCACCGCCGCCACAACAAUACGCUGAAGAAGAAAAAGACAUUCUGCCACCUGGAAUUGAUGAAACAGAAAGUGAAUUUGUUCCGAAACCAAUAAGUGAUGCGCCUAUACCACGAAAAGGACCCCUUCCUAAAGAUUUUGAGGAAGCUCUCAAUAUUAUUUUUCCUGGGGAGAAGAAACCUGAUGACUCAACUUCAGGAAAACCUGCUGGUGAAACACAAAUUAUUACAGAUGAACCAGUAAUGCAGCAAUCAGAUUUGUUAAAAGAGGGCAUUCACAUGAUGACUGUUGAAGAAACUUCUCUUGUUGGAAUGGAUGAAGCAUCACAAAUGAGUAUGAAUGAACCUUUGCAGUUUAAUAAACCGACUUCAUCGGUUGCAGCUUCGUUACUUAACGGUGAUGAAAACUCUGUAGAAAAAUCAUCACCAGAUAUUAUUGAAGAACCAAUGGCGGUUUGUAUAUCCGCAAUUCCACCACCUCCACCACCACCGGUAGUGGUAUUAAGUACUGAGAUUGCUGACAAAACAUCAACUGAGAUAGAUAAUGUUCAAAAUAAAUGCUCUGAACCUUCUAUUAUACUACCUCCAUUUACAGACGUAAAUACAAAAGAAACCAAUGUGGAAUCAAUAGAUCAACCACUAUCACCAACGGAUAGUGAAAAGAAUCGUCGUCAAGAAGAACUAGACGACUUAGCAAUGCUUGGAAUCGACGCUGAUGAUAUGGCAGCAAUGUGUAUUUAAAGAAAAUCCAUGUAGGUGUUAUUUAAUAAUUCCUGAAUGCAGAACAUAAAUGUGUACUAAAUUAAAGCCGCAAACAAUGUUUUUUUCAGUUCACAUUAUUUAGAGAAAUAAAGAAUAAUAAUUUCCUAAAUAAAUA